AGUGUUGCUUGCUGUAAGUGUUGCUUGCUCCACUGACAAACGGAAUGCGUCGGUUACAAUGCAGCGCUGUAUCUUGAACGAGAUCAGAGUUUUUUAUUCGAAUAGCUCUAAAAUGAUUAAAACGACAUUGCAGAUUUGGUUCAAAUUGUAAGGCAACAGCCGACGGUAAACCUGGAGAUUGCGUGGGCAGAGCAGAUUUCUGGGUCCGCGGGGGGAUUUGGCUCAGGGGGAGUAGCCUAGCAUUCUGAUGUAUUUGUUCCUUCUAGUUUUAAAUGGCUCUAUGUUACAGCUGCCGCAAGUCAGGACCGGACAAGGGUGUGUAAUAGAGCUGCAGAAAUAUUCGUUCGAUCUACCCGCGCGCUGACAAAGAAUCCGCGUUUACGCCCUAUAUCUCUCUCAUCCAUCCGUUUCGAGACCUAGGAAGACGCUGACGGAAAAUAUACUUUAGCCUUUCUAGCCUACUACAGGGACCUAACGAUGGGGAACACCACCUCCUGCUGCGUAUCGUCGAGCCCCAAGAUCCGGAGAAAUGCCCAUUCGAGGCUAGAACCCUACCGCCCUGAAGCGGAGCUGAGUAGAGAGGAUACGGGCUGCAACCUACAACACAUCAGCGACAGAGAGAAUAUGGACGAUCUGAACAUGGAGUACAACCCUUCAGACCAUCCCAGAGCCAGCACCAUAUUCCUCAGCAAAUCCCAGACAGAUGUUCCUGUCCUGAAUAAGAAAGUGCGAGAAAAACGGAAGAGCAUCUACAUCAAUAAUUUAACACACAUUUCGGAGAACAAGCACCAUGCUGCUCCAGUCAGACAGAAGUACAGCUCCUGUUCCACCAUUUUCCUAGACGACAGCACCGUCAGUCAGCCUAACCUCAAAUACACCAUCAAGUGUGUAGCCCUGGCGAUAUACUACCACAUAAAGAACCGGGAGAUCGAUGGGAGAAUGGUAUUAGAUAUUUUUGAUGAAAAGCUUCAUCCACUUACGAAAUCGGAGAUCCCUGCAGACUAUGAAAAGCACGACCCGGAGCAGAAACAGAUAUAUCGCUUUGUCCGGACGCUGUUCAGUGCAGCCCAGCUCACUGCAGAGUGUGCUAUCGUCACACUAGUGUACCUGGAGCGCCUGUUAACUUAUGCAGAGAUAGACAUCUGCCCAGUCAACUGGAAGCGUAUCGUCCUGGGAGCCAUCCUGCUGGCGUCCAAGGUGUGGGACGACCAGGCUGUGUGGAAUGUAGACUACUGCCAGAUCCUCAAAGACAUCACCGUGGAGGACAUGAAUGAGCUGGAGCGUCAGUUUCUGGAGCUGCUGCAGUUCAACAUCAACGUUCCGUCUAGUGUUUACGCUAAGUACUACUUUGACCUGCGCUCCAUGGCCGAGGCCAACAACCUCAGCUUCCCUCUGGAGCCACUGAGCAGGGACAAGGCUCAGAAACUAGAGGCCAUCUCCAGGUUGUGUGAUGACAAGUAUAAAGACUUGAGGAAAGCGGCCAAGAAGAGGUCUGUGAGUGCAGACAAUCUGACGGUGGUGAGGUGGAAUCCGGCCAUCAUAUCCUAACAGCAUCCUUCGCCACCAGGAGGAGGACAGGGCAUCCACCAUGACGGAGACAUGACAUGGCUGCCUGGUCUGGGAGGUCAAGGGUUAGGGCAGGAGAACUUAGACUCAGAACUCAGUUGUCCAGUUGCGUCUGUGUGGUUUGUUUCACACAGAAAUGACCUGCUGGCACUUUUGUGGAUAAUAAGUGUUAUUGUUGCUCUGAUGGUCCACUUGUGUACUGUACAUACAAGAUGUCCCUCUGGUUGUCUGAAGUUGAACUUGAGUCCUACAGGUGACUUGGUGACCAAUGGCAGAAGAGCAGUGGCCAGAUGGGAAAAGAUUAAAAGAACAUUGGAAAGAUCAAGAGACAGUGGAAAGAUUUGAAAAAUCCUAGAAUAAUAACCCAUAAACUCAAACAAAAGCAUUCCAAUAGCCAUUUUAAAGGUUGACUGUCUUGUAUAGAGAAGAAAUUGCUCGGGUAUACUGCACAUUCCUAUGAUUUUCAAGGAUUUCAGCAAAUUCCUCUCUAAAGCACAAUGUUUUUUUCCCAGGUAACAGGCAAACCUAAUUUGUACACAUUCCUGAAAUAUAGAAAUGUCUCUACUUUCUUUGGAGGCAGUAACAAGAGCUCAUCAAGUGUUAUUCUUACUGUGUUCGGUUGCAAUGAAAUCAAACUGCCAAAACCUCAAGGGUUUCUUUCUCUGUAACGUUCAACAAACUGCACCUGUGUUUGAGUUUAAAAUGGCAACUGUUUUGUAUUUACAUUUACAUAAAGACACCAAGAGAGGGAAAGUGAAGUGAGAGAUGUACAGUAAAGGAAGACCGACAUUUGAAGAAUAACUUAAUUAGGGCGAUAAGACUGAUAAAUGAAGUUCAGUUGAAGGUGAACAAAAUUAUCUUUAUCUUUAAUUGCAUUCUCUUCUAUCUCUAGCUAUACCAAUUUGCCACUGAGUGAUGAUUAUCUAAAACUAUUUCACACAUUAGUACUAUCUCUCUCUUUCUCAUGGCCAAAAUGAUACAGGCUGUGUCCCCAAAUGGCACCCUUUUCACUAUAUAGUGCACUACUUUUGACCAGGGCCCAUAGGGUAGCCAUUUGGGAUUUUACCACAGUGAAACAUUCCAGUGAACAUUCCGCUCACGCCAAGCAAUAUUCAUGUCCCACUUUGUUUCAUGCUAGGUCUCGAAUGACGUACUGGGAUGAGUUUGAAGGACAAGCACACAAAUAGAAAGGAGAAAAACAUUUUCCAAGAACAGGAAAUAACUAGUAUAAGUAAGACAAAAUGGUGAGUUUGAACAUCCAUAUAGUGUAUUCACUGCCGUUGUUCUGACCUAUGGUGCCUGUAACAUGCUAGUGUAACAUGCGAGUGUAACAUGCUAGUGUAACAUGGAGACCUUCCUUUUUCCUUUUUAAAGUGCAACUGGGGUUGAGUUUUUCUCUUGAGUGUUUCUUUUUUAAAUUACUGAUCUUCCAACUCCUAAAGAAACAGCAGAAACCUAAUUUCAGAAAGCCAAUUUGCAUGAUGAUUCUUCAAUAUAUUGGAAAUGUAUUUCUAAAAAUGUCCUACAGUAUAUUAGAACAAAGGGAUGGAUGUUUUUUGAUUAACAAACGCUGUUCACAAAAACAUUAGGAAUAAAUCAAAUAUAAUAAUUUAGCAAAUUAAUUGAUUUUGUACAGUGUAUAUAAGAUAUCAGUGUGCAGACAAAGAGCACAUUAACUUUCAAACAUGGAGAAUUGGGGUGAAAUAUUUAUAAAUAUCUGAUCAGUAUUUACAUUUAAAAAAAAUUGCAAUGUCUUAUUAUACCAGAUAUGAGGAGAGUUUAGAACUAUUAGUUAUAUGGAAGCUGGUAUUAUUUUAUCUAGAAUCUAGAUAGUAAAACCAUUGGAAGGAAUUUGAAUCUUUGUCAGGAUCUAGUUUUUCAUAUCAAGUUUGCAUAGCUCAGAUAAACUACAGUGAAUGAUGGGAUCAUGUGUUUUUCACACUCAAACAUUGAAUUGAGGCUGUUCUCUCAUCUUAUCGUACAUACAUUUUCUGUGACCGUAUGAAUGAUGUUUUCAGUGUUACAUGGUUUUAUGAUAUCCCUGUUGCAAAACCAGGUAUGGAAGUGAAACAUUCCUCUUGUUCUUGAUGCUGUUUUCUUUUAAAGUUGUUGAGUUCACGGUGUUUCCCCACUCUUAAGCAAUCUUAACUAUUGAAAAGAUAAAGCAAUUCCUUAUCAAGGGUCUCUACAGUUGUUGUUUUCAUAGUUUUAUUUGAUAGCAUUCCGUGAAUACCAAUCAGCAUUCAUUCAAACCAUUCAUCAGGACCAACUAUCUGCCAGAUGUUUCACUUUCAUAUGUAAAAAGGGAUGGAGUUGAACCAAAGUACCAGACAAUGAAGGAUUAGCCUUGGAAUAUGUAUUGUUGUGAUUAUAAUAGAUCCCCUUUGCACGUGAUCGGAAUGGUAUAAGGACUCUGAAACGGAACUGUUGGAAUGGCAUGGCCUUGGAAACGGAACUGUUGGAAUGAUGUGGGGACUCUGAAACGGAACUGUUGGAAUGAUGUGGGGACUCUGAAACGGAACUGUUGGAAUGAUGUGGGGACUCUGAAACGGAACUGUUGGAAUGAUGUGGGGACUCUGAAACGGAACUGUUGGAAUGAUGUGGGGACUCUGAAACGGAACUGUUGGAAUGAUGUGGGGACUCUGAAACGGAACUGUUGGAAUGAUGUGGGGACUCUGAAACGGAACUGUUGGAAUGAUGUGGGGACUCUGAAACGGAACUGUUGGAAUGAUGUGGGGACUCUGAAACGGAACUGUUGGAAUGAUGUGGGGACUCUGAAACGGAACUGUUGGAAUGAUGUGGGGACUCUGGAACGGAACUGUUGGAAUGAUGUGGGGACUCUGAAACGGAACUGUUGGAAUGAUGUGGGGACUCUGAAACGGAACUGUUGCGUUCUAUGGCGCUGUGACUGAGCGACUGGAGUGCAAAUGUCUUCGGGCGAGAAGAAACAGGCGUUGUCGUGAGGAGACUGAGGUAUUUUUAAGAUUGUAUAUCUUAUUUAUUGUAUGUAUGUGUGUGUGCAUACAGUCUGAUGUUGAUUUCUAGAAAUGAAAAUGAACUCCUCAUGCUCUAUGGGCCCAAGCCUGUGGUAUAACCUAGGCUAGUGACUGGGGUGAUAGUCGUGUGCACUAGACUCUACCUCUGCAUAGAGUUUUUACUUCUUCUACCUUUUCUCUUUCUAUCUCUUCUACGACAAUGUUAGGAUUUACCAAUGCAACUCUCAGUUGUCAAUGAUUUCCUGUGCUAAUGAAAGAAACUGCUGUAGUUGUGUGAACUCUGUUUUUAUGUUUUGUUUUAUAGUUUAUUUCUGGGAUUUUAUUGCUAUUUUAUGUUGUUUGUCCCUGUUCUCAGUUUGCCCAAUGUGGUUAGUCUGUAUCUUUUUGAGUACUAAUCUCUUAGUUAAUUGUAGCCUACAUUCUAAGAAGUGAUCCCAGGACCAACAACCCUAAGGGACUGGAGUCUGAAUAAGUCACGGUCUCUCUCCCUAUAUGGACUGUUCUAACUCUGAUUUUAGUUUAACUGAUGUGCCCAGUUCAGAAGCAAUGUUUAGAAACCUGCACAAUAAAUAAACGUUUAAACCUUGCAAUAAAAAUA